AUGGGACGUCUUGGUAAUAUAGCUGCUGCAGCUUCUGCCAUACCAGAGGCUAAACGACUUGAGAACGAACUCAAGCUAGAAUACCACUAUCAGCUACUUACUAAUCCUGAAGCCAACGGUAAUUACCUCCUAGAACUGGGAUAUAUCGAUCAAGCUCGUUUGAGAGCACUGCUUAAUAAACGGGUUGAUAAAGAUGAAUUCAAGCACUUGAGAGGUCGUCUAUAUGCUUGGAGCCAGAUUUAUGGGACGUAUACGGAAAGUGCAUCGGAGAUCAUGGAAUAUAAAGAGCUUGAGAACUACCCACUUGUUAGAGAUCGGAAGAAGGCUGAAGAAGAAAAGAAGAAGAAGGAUGAAAAAGAGGCUAAGAAACAGGCGGAUAAGUCAUCAAAAAACGAAGAAAAAGAGCGGAAGAAGAAUGAAGAAAAGGCUAAGAAACAAACGGAUAAGCCAGCAAACAGGGAUACAAAGAAAAAGGCCCCUACGAGUGGAAAAACACGAGGAGUUGCAACUGGUAGUACUGGUAGAGGAUCUCACAGAGGAUAG